UCUACUCCCAAGCCACUUUCAGGGAAGAACAAAAAGCCAGUUUGCUUUUGACUACCCAUCUGAGACAAACUGCCAGCAAAAAAAACCACGCAAAUCUUGCUAGACUGUUCUGCUUUGGGUAGUCCAUUAAUCUUGAAAAGUGGACUGCAUCUGGGAGGAAGCAUAUAGUAUUCCACCUUAAACUUUCUUUUUAAACAAACCUUUUUGCCAUGAAAUUAUCAGCAUGUCAGGUUUUAGUGUCUUUAUCGGUGUUGUUAAUGCUGGCACUGGCCAUCAUUGUCUUUGGCCAGAGGACAAUGAUAGUCAGGUUGAUAAAGGACACAGAGGACACAGAGCAAAGAAUUAAGUCCCUGCUGUGGGACGUCAAGCAGGAGAAUCAUAAAGUACAGCUCUAUGACGAACAAGCAAAAAUCGCCCAAAUGAAGAUGGAUAAAGACAAAAACACUCUGGAAGGGCUUGCUGUUGACUAUCACAAAAAGGUAGCAGAGAGGGAAGCAUGUGAGAAAUUACAGAGCAAAUUAGCAGUAGAAAUGGAAGCAGUGCAAAAGGAGACGACUACACUGGAAGGGGAAUUCAAUGUGUCAAAGACUGAAUGGAGUAAUGAGAUAAACAAACUCAAACAACAGCUGGAGCAGCCGAGCCCAGCGUGUGCCUAUGUGAAGAAGGACACACCCGCGUCAGCGAAACUAUGCCCUCUCCUAGCAGCAAAUUACACAGUCACUCCAUCAAAGGAAGGACAGAGCAAAAAAGCAUGAUGUCAAUCACUUAACUCGAUGAAUUUGUGUUCUUUUAUUUAUGUAUUGUGAAUUUCCACAUUGAUUCGCAAGCAGCUUUUUGUUUUGUUAAAAGGAGAUGUAAGACUCAACAUCCUGUUAAGUUUUCUUAUUCUCUUAUUUCAUGGUGACAUGAUGAUUAGCAGACAUGAUGAUUAGCACAGUACAUGUCCCCACUCCCCACAUCUCUGUCAAGUGUUUUUUUUUUUUUACAUUUGAAUAUUGUUGAGAAUUUUAAGUAGCCUAUGUUUGUUUUGAACCCAGCAAUUUCUCCGGUUCUAUUUUUGCUGAAACCCAUCAUCUUCUCCCAGAAACACUGUUUUAAAGAAUAAAAGGGCUUAGGUACUGAAAGACAUACGUGAUUAAAAGUUAGUUUGUAAGUAACUCUUUUUGGGUUUCUUUUGUCAACCAUGGACAUUGCUCAACCUAUUUUACUGGGGCAUGGAAUAUAAAUAAGUUCCUUUCUA